AUGGCGAUUCUAUCCCGGAGGAAGUGCGGACUCUCCAAAGUUGUCACUCACUACCUGGUUGCCAUAGUAGCGGCAGAUCUUCUGGUCGUUUUUCUCGACCUGAUUUUCAGGCAGAUUCCGGUUGUUUAUAGGAAUUACUUCAGUUUCCUGUUUUCGCUGCGCAUGUGUAACAUCCAGGCGGCCAUGAUUUACGCAGCCACCGACUGUUCAGUUUGGUUUACCGUCGCUUUCACAUUUGAUCGAUGUGUGGCCAUUUGUUACCAGACAAUGAGGACUAAAUACUGCAAUGAGAAAAUGGCGGCAGUUGUGCUGGGGACAGUGACCGCUGUGAGCUGUUCAAAGAAUAUUUUCUGGUGUUUUAUUCUCACUGAUAUGUAUUUUCUUGUUGAUAACCCCAGAUUUUGCUUAUCAAGAAAUGGUGUUUCGCGUACUCCAAUCUGGGGAAUCAUUGCUAUCCUCCAUUACCUGCUGACCCCUGUGGUCCCGUUUGUCCUGGUACUGAUACUCAAUGCAGUGACCAUCAGACCCGUUUUGGUGGCCAACAGAGCACGCAAAAGACUCCGAGGUCCCAGCACUGGGAAAAAUCCCAGAGACCCAGAAAUGGAGAGCCGCAGAAAAUCGCUCAUCCUAUUGCUGGCAAUUUCGGGGAACUUCAUUUCAAUAUGGACAUUGUUUACAGUAAAUUUUAUAUGGGUGAAACUGAUUCAGCUGUUGCGGGGGACAGAAUUUCCACCUUAUUCAAUGCAGGAGGUGGCUUACAUGCUGCAGCUCCUUAGCUGCUGCACGAAUACGGCUCUUUACGCUAUGACCCAGACGCUCUUUACGGAGCAGCUGAAAGUUGUUGUGAAAUAUCCUCUCACUCUCAUUAUAAAACACACCCAGUUCCGACGAGGGCCAAACAAUCCACUGCCUCGUUCUGACUAA